GUGACCGACCCUUCUGGAGAGGGGACAGAUGCUGUAGUCAUCCUGGAGAAGACUCCUUUCCAGGAGGAGAAAGUAUUGGACCUGCUGAAGAAGCACACGAAGCUGGAGCUGCAGAUGCACAACGACAUUUACAGCACCUACCACCUCUAUCCUCCCCCGGAGCUGAGCGAGAUAAAAACCACAGUGGUGUACCCCGCCACGGAGAAACACCUUCAGAAAUACCUCCGGCAAGAAGUGCACCUCGUCCGCGAAACCUGGGAGGAUUACCAGAAGAUAACGCUGCCCUUCAUCCAGUCCCAGAGCUUCAGCAUCCAGUGGGUGUAUAACAUCCUGGAGAAGAAAGCCGAAGCCGAUCGAAUCAUCCACGAAAACCCGGAUCCUUGUGACGGAUUCGUCCUCGUCCCGGAUUUUAAGUGGAAUCAAAACCAGCUGGAUGACCUCUACCUGAUCGCCCUCGUCCAUCGCCGGGACCUCAAAUCGCUUCGAGACCUGACGGCCGAGCACCUCCCGCUGCUGAGGAACAUCUUGCGGGAAGGGAAGGAGGCUAUAACGAAGCGUUUUGGCGUGCCGGGUUCGCAGCUGCGGCUCUACCUGCAUUACCAGCCCUCCUACUACCACCUCCACGUGCAUUUCACCGCCCUGG